CACCUGGACCACACACACCGUUACAUCAUCUUGUGUCAGUGGAACAAAAUCUGCUGAAAUGUGGACUACACUACUUUUUGCAGGUGCAGCUCUUCUUGCAGCAGUAACAUCUCCAGCUGCAAGUAACCCAACCUUUCAAGAGACCGGAGAUUGCGAGGCAACGCACGAGCAUCUGUACAAGUACGCUGCCAAGGAGGACUACUUCGGAGAUGAAUAUGCUCAAACCUUUGAGAUAACUAUCUACUUCAAAGUUUACUGCUUAUCUGUUGGAACGUAUGGAGACAAGCGAGCGAAAGUGUAUGAGUUAAAUACCACCAAGGCAGAAGUUGGCGGAACUAUACUGGACAGGGAGGAAACUGAGGAACAACAAGCACAGAACGAUUACAAUGUCCUUCUGCAAGGAUGGUUCCACUUUGUUCAGACGGAAGAUGGAUCAAUUCCAAUCAUCCGUCAUUCCAGAGAGGAAGAUGGAGAGGUUAUCAACACGAAAAAGGCAAUUGUUUCAGCGUUCCAGGCAAACUUCAUGGGAACAGAACAGAAGGAAGAAGCCGAUCCCCAGUCACUGCAUAGAUCUCACUACACGUAUGAGGCAAGUGCACAAGAUGUGGAAAAUGGUGUUCUUCGAAUGCAUCGCACAGUAAAUUCGGAGGAUAUUGAAGCCUACACCUCUCAUAUACCUGGUGCAGAGGUAGAAUUGAAGAAAAAAGAAGACAUUACCUACAAAAAGGGAGUCCUCCUUGGUGCAAGUGGAACAACAACUGUAAAACUCUUUGGAAAGGUAUAGUUAUUAUCAUAUAAUGUGCACGUGUGAUAAAACAAUGCCACUGCAUGAAGAGCCUUAGAUUAGUUAGAGCUUCCCCUAUAGAGCAGUGGUUCUACUACAGUAGGGUUACAUUGAAAAUAUAAACGUCCCAUGAACACUUUCAACAUAACGACCUAUGCAAAUGUCUGCUAGUCUUCCGUAAACGUUAACAUAGGCCGUUGAGUCUUCUGUAGAGGACCAGAUCAUCAACACAGCUGUGAAAAUCUUGUAGCUUAGUUGGUAACUUUCAAUGGAAAAUGUUUAUACAGAAGGCAAGCAAAGGAUACAGUAGCAGGUAAAAAUCAGAUCAUAAACACAGCUGUGACAAUUUUGUAGCUUAGUUGACUAAUAGUAACUUUCAAUCAAAAAUG